AUGAAACAUUCAACUAAUCCAUUAAAUGUCUUACAAAGAUUUUUCUUAAUAUUUCUAUAUAAUACUAUAUUAUAUUCAUAUGUAAGAACAAAUGAAGUUGGACUUCGACGAUUAUUAUUUCAUGAAAGACCAUAUGAUAACCAUGUUUGUCCGGAAAAAGGUGUUACUAAAGUUUAUACAAAUUUAAUUUUACUUCAAAUUGAAAGUGUUGAUGAAAAAGCACAGAUAGUUACAAGUAAUAUACAAUUAGUAUGUGCAUGGUGUGAUCCAUAUAUGUCAUGGAAUCUUAGUCGUUAUAAUAUAACUGCACUUUCAGUUGGUGCAGAUUAUUUAUGGACACCGAAUGUUGUUUUAGUUAAUUCAGCUGAUAGAAAAUUUUCUCGAAAUCGUGAACAUUAUGCACUUAUUCUUCGACAUGAUGGUUAUGUUCGAUUUAUGUUUCAAGAUUUAUGGAAAACAAUAUGUAAAGUUCGUUUAACAUAUUUUCCAUUUGAUCAUCAACAUUGUACAAUAAUAAUUCGUAGUGGUGGACAUGAUAGUCAUUCAAUAAAAUUUAUACAACGACGUCCUAUUGAAGGUCAUUCAUUUAUACGUGGUGAAUGGGAAUUAAUUCAUUCAUAUAUGGAAAUAACAGAUGAAAGUGUAUCUGAUUUUGGUCAAGUUAAUUAUAGUCUUGUACGUUUUACAUUAAUAUUAAAACGUAAUCGUUUAUAUUAUUUAAUGAAAGUUAUUUUACCAUAUACACUUGUAUCAUUUGUAACAUUAUUUACAUUUUUAUUACCACCACAAACAGGUGAAAAAUUAACAUUAAAUGUUACAAUACUUUUAUCGUUAGUUAUAUAUUUACAAUUAAUUAGUGAAUAUAUUCCAAAAUCCGAUGAUGAAACACCAAUAUUAACAUUAUUUUGUAAUGCAAAUUUUUUUUUAGUUUUCUUAUCAUGUAUUAUGACCGUUUAUGUUCUAUAUUUAUAUCAUCGUCCAUCAACAUCAAAUGUAGCUCAUGUGCCAUUAUAUAUGAAAAUUAUAUUACUUGAUUAUAUAAGUCCUAUUGUUUACUGCAGUAGACAAAAAAAUAAAAAACAAAAACAUGUUUCAAAAGCAUUUCCAAAAGAAACAAGACCAAGACGUUUAGGUAGUAUUGAAAAACGUAUGUGUAAUAUAUUUUCCGUAACAUCAUCAAUUCGAAUGCCUAAUCAACAAGCUGGUGAAUUAUUAAGAUGUUUACAACAACUAAAAGGACAGAUACGUACACAUUGUAUCUUUCCACCAUAUAUCAAAAAUGAAUAUGAUCCAGAUAAUGAUCUAUUAAAUAUUAAUAAUCAACAACGUUUAGAUGAAUGGCAACAAGUUGCAUUAGUACUUGAUCGUCUGUUCUUUUUAAUAUUCAUUGUAGCUAUGCCAUGUACAGCAUUAUUAUUUGUAUCAGCACAUUUAUCUGUUACAAAAGUUUCAAAUGAUUUUCGUUCAAAUUUAACAAAUAUGAAAGUUGAAUCAGUCGAUGCAAAAUGUCAUUUAACUUAUGAACCUAUAAUAAAUUAA